AUGGCUGAUACUCCCCAGGAGGGCUGCCGCGAGCUCCGCUUCCCAUCACCCCCUCUCGCGCAACGUUCUCUCCGUAUAGCCUGCACCCCGGACACGGGACUGAUUAUUGCCUAUCUUGCAGCACAACGACACCCGAACCUGAAUCUUACCGCGGAGGAAAAGCGCGUUUUCUACCAGCUCUUUCAGGUUGCGGAUACUACCAACCUGGGCGUAAUUACCGGCGAGAUCGCUGUGCCGUUCUUCGAGAAGACACAUCUUCCCUCGGGUACCCUUGGAGAGAUCUGGCAGAUCGCGGACAAAGAGAACAGGGGUCUUUUGACUCCCUCUGGAUUUGGGAUCGUACUUCGAUUGAUUGGACAUGCACAGGCUGGGCGCACACCAUCCGACGAGCUGGCUUUGCAGCGCACGGGUGCGCCCAUUCGAGUGCCGCCCCUUCAACCCGAAGAUGCUCACAAAUUCCUCUCGUUGUUUGAGAAGUCAGAUGUCUCGAAUGGAAUGAUUUCUGGCGAGAUCGCAAAACAAAUCUUCGAACGUGCGAGACUACCCAACGAAGUCUUAGGUCGGAUAUGGAAUCUUGCGGACACAAAGCAGCGUGGAGCUCUCGAUGGCACUGAUUUCAUCAUUGCUAUGCACCUCCUGACAUCCUUCAAGUCCGGCGCUCUCCGUGGCAUUCCCCAAACACUCCCCCCAGGCCUAUACGAUGCUGCAGCUCGCCGAGGAUCCGGGAGAGGAUCUUUUGGCGCCCGUGCGGAUGUGCCCCCCGUUCCGUCGAUCCCUAAGCAGUUUACUGGUCCCCAGCGUACGAGCAGCCCGAUGAGCCCUACCACUGGUCGACCAGCAUUUGGUGGCCCACUUUCGGCCCAGUCGACUGGCGACUGGCUCAUAUCCCCCCAGGAGAAGGCGCAUUUCGAUGGCAUCUUCGAGACUGUUGAUACCUCCAGGGCUGGACUGAUUACUGGUGACCAGGCUGUUGCCUUUUUCAUGAAGGCUCAGCUGUCUGAAGAGGUCCUUGCGCAGAUUUGGGACCUUGCUGAUAUCGAUGCUGAUGGCCAGCUCAACCGCGACGAGUUUGCUGUGGCAAUGUACCUCGUGAGGCUUCAGCGUAGCGGAAAGGACCCUCUCCCGCUAGUGCUCCCCCCAGCCUUGAUUCCGCCCUCCAUGCGCCGGCAGGCUCCUAUCCCUGCUGUCGCAACUGCACCUGCACCGGCUCCUGCUCCUGCUCCAGUGCCGCGAUCUGCUGCGGAUGAUCUAUUUGGCCUUGAUUCUCCUGCGCCUCCAGUCGCCCAGACUCAGUUCCCUCAGUCUACUGGGGGCUCCAAUGCUGCAUUCCACACACCUAGUUCCCCUGCCUCCCGAGCUUCUCCGCCCAUGGGAUCGUCAACAUUCAGGCCUUUCAUUCCGACCUCGACUUUCGGCCAGAGCUUGCAGCCUCAAGCAACAGGCGCAUCCGCAGGAACGCCGAUCGCUGCCCGUUCUCCCCCGCCUCCGCCUGAUGAUCUGCUAGGAGACAAUGAUCCCGAGGAGUCAAAAAAGCUUACUCAGGAGACUAGUGAUCUUGCCAACUUGUCUAACCAGAUUGGGUCUUUGGCGAAGGAGAUGCAUACCGUGCAAGAGAAGCGCACCUCAGCUGAACAGAACCUUUCGCAGACCUCGCAGCAGAAGCGUGAUUUUGAGGCGCGCCUUGCACAGGCGCGUGCUAUGUAUGAGCAGGAGGUGACAAACUUCAAGGCUCUCGAGGAGCGUCUCAAGGCUUCCCAGGCUGAGACCACGAAGCUGCAGCAGGAUUAUGCUUUGAUUGAGGGUAGCCGCCAGGACCUGCAAAACCAGUACACCCAAGUUUCGGCCGCCCUGGCUGCCGAUCAGCAAGAGAAUGCAAGUCUGAAGGAGAAGAUCCGCCAGGCCAAUGCAGAGGUUGCUCAGCUCAAGCCGGCGCUGGAGAAAGCCCGGUCUGAUGCUCGCCAGCAGAAGGGCCUUGUUGCAAUCAACAAAAAGCAGCUUGUCACCGUCGAGGGUGAGCGUGAUAAGAUCCAAGGCGAGAUGGACAGCCUUGCCAGGGACACUCCCCAGUACACGGAGGAUUCUGGUACUCCCGUUAGCGCCGCUGCCGAGAUCGCCAGCCCUGCUGUCUCUACUGCUAGCCAGAACACGAACCCGUUCUUCCGACGGACCGCGACUGGCAGCUCGAGCGAGCGUGCUCUGUCUCCUCCUCCUACGAACGACCACCAAAAGGCGUUCGAUAGCCUCUUUGGCCAGUCUUUUGCCGCUCCCUUAGCAGCUGGCCCACCCUUUACCUCUUUCCGUGCCGAGUCGCCGCAGGCCAUCACCAAGUCUCCCGUUACCUCCAAUCUCCCAACUCCGUCUGUAUCCCCGCCCCCUGGUUCUCUGCCUGGCGCUUUCCCUGGCCUCGCGUCUGAGAUUCCGCCCCCUGGCUUUCUGCCUGGCGCUUUCCCUGGCCUCGCGUCUGAGAUUCCGCCCCCUAGCCAGUCCCGCCAACUCACCCCAAACUUUCUCCCAUUCGGUGAGGCCCGGUCUGUCACCUCGUCUACUAUGGUUUCCCCGCCCGGUAGCCGAUUUGGUGGUCCUGAUGGUUCGGGCCUUGGAACCCCAUCGCAGGUUGCUAGUGACCAGGGUGGGCCACCCUCCUUAACCGCAUCCAGCGAGUACAGCCGUGCUCCGACUUCGACUAUUGAAGGUACUCCCACUCAUUCGCCGUUUGAGGAGAUUCCGACUGCAUCCGAAACGGUGGCCGCGGCACCUGCGAUUGCGCCCAUUGAGCAGGCCACGUCUGCGAUUUCCCCGACUUCCACCGGGAACCAGGAGACGGCGAAGGACUUGUCUUUUGACGAGCUGUUUGGGAGCAAGGCCCACAAGCGAUCUGAGUCUCAGAAGGAGAAUGACUUCGAGGAGGCGUUCGCUACUAUGGGCCUUCCUGGGGCUGAGAAGACUAAUGGUGCUGCUGCUGCUGCUACCCCGUCGGAGUUCCCUCCUAUUCAGGAGUUGCACCACGAGGAGGAUGAGGACGAGAGCUCGGAUGACGAGGGCCCUCUGGGCUUCGAUGAUAACUUCACUCCUGUCUCGCCCACAACGACUAAGAAAGAGAAGCAGUCCGACUCCAUCGACGCUGCUCAACUUGCUGCUUUCCCCGCCCCGGGCACGGCCCAGCCGCCAGCAGCGGAUGCUCAGGUGAGCCCUCCUAAGUAUGAUGACAGCAUCGCCAAUGAUGAUACCCACAUGCCCCCGGAGUUUGAUGGUCUGUUGCCAGAGCGUGCCGACCCCACCGUUGCUCCAGAUGCUCCCCACUCAGUCGAAUCCAGCACUGGUGCACCCGUGAUUGCCAACGAGCCUCAACGGGACUCGGUCUCAGAAGCCGUUCCAGCACCUGCUCGUGGGGCAAAGACGGGCGGACCCGAUUUCGAGGCCGCCUUUGCUGGACUUGAUCUUGCCCCUGCGACGGAAGCAGAGGACGACGAAGACGACGAGGAUGAGCCCGAGAGCCAUGAGAAGAAGAACACCUCGGACUUUGACUUCUCGUUCGACUCACCUUCCCAGAACAAGCACGGUGCUUCCUCCAGCAGCGAUGCUGGCCAGGCUGGAUCCUCUGAUUUUUUCUCGUUCGAUAAUAAUGUCCAAGCUGCGACCACCCAGCCUGCCAUUUCCCCAAACGGAGGCAACUCCAAGGCUGCAGGCCAUGACUGGGACGCACUCUUUGCUCCACUCGACGGUGCCAAGCCCGCCGCGGACCAGACUGCCAAUGGCGCGAGCUCCAAGCCCCCCGGCUGGGCUCUCAACACCGACUCUGGCGAAGAUGACCUGAUCCUGCAGCGAUUGACGGGCAUGGGCUUCCCUCGCGACGACUCGCUCGCAGCCUUGGAGAAGUUCGAUUACAACCUGGAUAAGGCCGCGGACUACUUGACCUCGAAGCCCUGA